CUUUGCAAUUCUUCCAAGAUGGCGCGCGUUGUCCUCCUCGGAACCUGCGAUACCAAGCUCGAUGAGCUUUUGUUCCUGCGCGAUGUCAUUCGCGAGGCCAAUGUUGAGGUCAUGCUGAUUGACGUGGGUCGCUCCGUGAUGAACCACGAGUCCAUCACGGUAUCCCAAGCGGAUCUGUUGAGAAGAUAUGGCGGCGGCAAGAACGUUACCGAGGAAGAGCGGGGAGAUGUUAUCAAGACUAUGGCAGACUGUGCAACGAAGGCAGUCAAGUCUCUUCAUGAUGAGAGCUUUAUCCAGGGCAUCAUCGCAGCAGGUGGCUCAGGAGGCACUUCAAUUGCAGCUACAGUCAUGAGAGAUGCGCUGCCAGUUGGUUUCCCAAAGCUGAUCGUUUCGACAAUCGCGAGCGGCGACACUGGGCCGAUAGUGGGCGAGACAGAUAUAUCACUUAUGUACUCUGUGGUAGACGUCGCCGGCCUGAAUGAGGUCCUGAGGAGUGUCCUUAGCAAUGCAGGAACAGCGAUAGCCGGCAUGGCCCUCGGACAGUCUCGAAGAAGCCGGCAAACAAAUUCUUCCACGAAGAAACGAGUCGGCAUUACCAUGUUUGGUGUUACUACACCUGCAGUGGACGAAAUCCGAAAACAUCUUGAGUCAAAAUAUGAUGUCGAGACUUUCGUAUUUCAUGCAACGGGUCACGGUGGCAAGGCUAUGGAGCGAUUGAUCAACGAGGGCCGGAUCGAUGCUGUGCUCGACCUGACAACGACUGAAAUAUGCGACCAUGUCACUGGCGGUGUGAUGAGCGCUGGACCACAGCGACUCGAGGCCGCUGCUGCAGCUGGCAUACCCAACAUUAUCUCCCUGGGCGCAACGGACAUGACCAACUUUGGCCCCUUGAACACCGUACCAGAGCGUUACAAGGACCGCAAGUUGUACGAACAUAAUCCAGUCGUAACCCUCAUGCGUACAUCGCAAGAGGAAGCCACUGAAGUGGGCGAGUUCAUCGUAUCGAAGCUGAAAAAUCACACGAAGGAUCCGAAUGCUGUCCAAGUGUGGUUGCCAAAGGGUGGGACAAGCAUGAUUGCAACUCCAGACGGGCCUUUCGCAGAUCAAGAAGCAGACGCAAAACUCUUCCAUACCAUCAAAGACGGGCUCGCAGAUAGCGGUAUCGAGGUCGUGGAGGAUGAUAGGGCGGUGAAUGAUGCAGGCUUUGCGCGCGACAUAGCAGAAGCUCUGGCUGCGAAGCUUAUGCCAAGUCCAAAAUCGGACGGUUGACCGUUUCAUGAGGCCAUAACACGAGCCCUUUGGUUGCCUAGCUUGGUGGGUCCAAUAUAGAAACUGCGCCUUCAGGCCUGCUGCAGGUCAUUUUAAGUCACAGUCUGAUUGGCUGGGCGGUACCCGGCGAGGCCUGCGCCGCCUAGCUCCGACGCUACAACACCACUGAAAGAACUCACGAUCCCACCCUCAUCUUUGAAAGUGGUUACUGUUCUCCCCUCCGAAGUCACUCCUUCUACAUUUCGACAUGUUGGCACGCUCGGGCGUCCUGUCACUCGCUUUUACUCUUCUCACCGGCCAUGCAGCGGCUA